UCAACUUCACUCAUAAACCACACAGCUAGGCAAUUAAGCAACUUCUUAAUUAUAAUUAUUUUCAUAUCUAGUCUCAUAAUUCAAUUAAUAUCACCAUCAUGGGUGUUUUAAAUUUUGAGGAUGAGACAACUUCCAUUGUAGCUCCUGCUAGACUUUACAAAGCUCUAGUUACGGAUGCUGAUAUCCUUACCCCAAAGGUUAUUGAUGAUAUUAAGAGUGUUGAAAUUGUUGAAGGAAAUGGUGGUGCCGGAACUAUCAAGAAACUCACUUAUGUUGAAGAUGGUGAAACCAAGCAUGUGUUGCAGAAAGUUGAUUUAGUAGAUGAUGCUAACUUGGAUUACCACUACAGCAUAAUUGGUGGUGAUGGGCUUCCAGACACAGUUGAGAAGAUUUCAUUUGAGGCUAAAUUGUCUGCAGGCCCAAAUGGAGGAUCCAUUGCAAAGUUAAGUGUGAAAUACACCACCAAAGGUGAUGUUAUUCCUAGUGAAGAGGAACUCAAGAGUAACAAAGCUAAGGGUGAUGGUCUUUUCAAGGCCCUUGAGGGUUAUGUUUUGGCUAAUCCUGAUUACAACUAAAGCAUAUAAUAAUUAAGUGAUUGGUUAUGCUAUUUUUUUUAUUUUUUUUUAAAAAGUGCUUGCUUAUAUAUUAUGUGUGGUGAAUUUGGGUGGCAAUGUAAUUCUGUUUUUUCUUUCCUUUUGUUGUGGAAGUGUGAGUGUGAGAUUGUAAGUCAUAACUUAUGUGUACCUCCCUCCAAUAAUUAUAAAUUAUAAUAAUACUUCAUCUA